GUGCCCGAGCGGUGGCACUGGCGCCGCCAUUUCGCGGCCGAGGCAGCCUGGCAGGUUCUGCCAGACUCGGCGGCCUGGGCCCUGCCAGUCGUGGCUGACCGGGUGGUGCUGUCCCAUGCAGGGUUCAGGGCCUGGAUCUCGACAACGCAGCAAUACCAAGACCUGGCCGCAGCUCUCGGCGCGCCGCCUGGCAGGCCGCUGUCCGGCCGGCAGCUGCGGCGCAGCUUCCCACAGGCGUCCGCGGCGGACAUCGCGGGGGCUGCGUUGGUGUCGGCAGCGGCGGAUGCCAGACACCUGAAAAAACGCGCUCGGCACGGCGAUGAUGCAGAUGUUUCAGGACGGACAGAGGAGCCCGGCAUGGCGGCUGGCCAACCAGGUAUAUCAGCUUUCGCAGGCAAAGGGUUGUGGGGCUGGUAUCAAUUUGACACCUCAGCCUACGCGCCCUACAAGGACCGCAUAUGCGAGCUGUUCAGGCUGAAGCAGGAGCAACUGCUGCGGAAGGCGCUGGCACUGGCGCUCAAGAGAGCGCGAUUGCAGCAGCAGCAGCAGCGGCAGCAGCAGGGGCAGCAGCAGCAGCGGCAGCAGCAGGGGCAGCAGCAGCAGCGGCGGCAGCAGCAGCAGCAGCAGCAGCAGCAGCAGCAGCAGCGGCAGCAGGGACAAGCACAGCAGGAGCAGCGGCAAGGGCAGCAGCCGCAGGAAGGUCAGGCGCCGUACGGCCAGGUGCCUGCCAUGGAAGCGCGUGGAGGCGACAAAGCCGAGGAGGCGCCAACUGCCCGCGGCAUCCUCGGCAGGGAUCGAGGCGCGGGAUCGUCGACAGCGAUGGGUGAGGGCCGCGGCAGGCUGGUUGUGGCGCACGUGAGGCGGGGCGACCAGCCAGAGCUCGCGGCUGGCAGCGUCAGGGGCGGCAGCGGCAGUGGCGACGGCGGUGACGGUGUGGGGAACGACAGCGGCAGAAGCAGCCAUGAGAACCUGGGGGCCAAUGUGCGUGCUGGUCGCGGCAGCGGCGGAGCCGAGGGACCGCAGCAGCAGCAGCAGCAGCAGCACCAGCAGCAGCAGCAGCAGCAGCGCCACCAGCCGCCGCCUGCGCGCCCUGCACCCGCGCUGCGCACCACGCCGCCCUUUGAAGAUGGCCAGGGCUGCGCGUGGGACGGGAACGGCUGCGACUGGCGCGCCCCAGCGGCCUGGCUGUGGGACGCAAUACGUAGCCUGAAGCUGGACGCCGCGGCAGGCGACGUGCUGUGGGUGUGCACCGACGACCCGGAGCUGGCGCGGCGGCCGCGGCUGCUGCUGCUACAGCUCGGGGCAGCGGCGGCCGCGGGCGGCCUCGAGGCGGCCGUGCCGGUCCUGUCUUGGGAUGCGGUCGUGGCCAGGGCGCGCGAGGCGCUAGAUGGGGACUGUUGGGAUGGCACGUACGCGUGCGUGAUCGGCGAGGCCGGUGAUGGCAGCGGCGUUGUCGCGGACUGGUUCACAAUGGCGGCCGCCGAUGUGCUGCUCUCCUCCAACUCGACGCUGUCAUUCACGGCGGCGAUGGUGGCGCGACAUGGCGCGCCGGGCGCGCGGGCGCUGCGGCCAGACCCCAGGGUGGGGGCUUAUGUUGACUUUGACCCGUGGGCCAGCCUGCCGCUGCUGCCGGCGCGGGAGGCGCCGCCAGCCGUGGUGACACCCGCCGACCAUGGUGGGAAGCAGAAAGCUUCUGCCUUUGAGCGCCGGGGCCGCUUGCCGCCAAUGGCGGCGGGCGUCAGCGACGUGUUCGUCCUCGAUUUUGAUGGCGUGCUGGUAGACUCGGAGCCGGAGGUCUCAACUUCUGCUUUCACCGCCGCGCGUGACUACUGGCCUGAGGUUUUUGAGGGAGUUGGGGAGGAGCAGAAAGCGGCCAUCCUCGAGGGACUGCGCACCUGCCGCCCCGCAUUAGUAAGGGGCUACGAGUCGAUGGUCAUGGCGCGGCUGCUACUUGAGAGGCCCGGAUGCGAGCAAGACAUCUUGACUCAGUGGGAGGCGACCCUGCUGCCGGCCACGCUGGAGGCCUGGGGGGAGGACUGGCUGGUGCUGCAGAAGAGCUUUGAGGAGCACCGCGCCGGCUGGCUCGACCGCGACCGCGCCGGCUGGCUGGCCUGCAACAGGCCGUACCCCGGGAUCGUGGAGGCCCUCGCCGGCUGCGAGGCGCCCUUCUACAUCGCAUCCAGCAAGGCGGGCCACAGGGUGGCGGUCCUGGCCAAGGAGGCCCUCGGCGUGCGGGUUGAGGCGGAUUCGCCCCGCCUGUUCUGCUCCCUUAUUCCUCCCAACGAGAAGAAAGUGGCCGCCCUCAGGGAGAUCGCAGGGCGCCCAAUUUGCGACGGCGCGCGGCUACACUUUGUAGACGACAGGCUGGAGACGCUCAAGGCCGCCAAAGAGGCCGGACUAGCCAGCAGUUGGAACCUCUACCUCGCUGAUUGGGGUUACUGCACGCCAGAGGAGCUGGAUGAAGUGAGGGGCCUGGAGGGCGUGCGGCGGCUCAAGCUGGGGGAGUUCAUAGAGCUGCUGAAAUGGUGA